AUGAGCAAAAAUGGAGCAGAAGACAAAACAGGCGACGACGAGGGAAAACCCGCCGAUGAUCCACCUGCAGAUCUCCGACCGAUGGCAAUUUCUGGACUCUCUGUAGCUGCACGAAUGCCUCAAUUUUGGCGUGACCGACCGUCGCUAUGGUUUGCACAGCUCGAGGCUAUUCUUUCUGCUUCCAAGCCGAACGACGACACAAAGUUUCAGUACGUCGUUGCCAAUCUUGACCGGAGGGACCUGGAACAAGUGUCAGACAUUCUUCUGACUCCGCCAUCAGCAAACAAAUACGCGCUGGUCAAAGCUAGGCUAAUUGAAGUUUAUGAAGAGAGUGACGAACAACGUUUGCAGCGCCUAAUAGAAGGUCUUGAUCUGGGCGACUCUCAGCCCUCUCAGCUUCUCCGGCGCAUCCGCGACCUUUCAAGAUCUUCAGGCACUCCCGAUAUGGUGCUGCAGGUCAUGUGGCUUUCUCGUUUGCCAUCAAAUGUGAGAUCGAUUCUUUCCGCUGUCAAAGGCGAUCUGAACACACUGGCCGACGUCGCGGAUAAAAUAAUGAGCCACUCAUCGUCUCCUAAAACUAUUGCUGCGCUACCACCACCGACAGGCUAA